AUGAUGAUGAGAGCAACAACAACAACAACAACAACAAGAAGAACAACAACAACUGCCGCUCUGGAAGGAAGAGGAUUUCUUCGUCUUUUCUCCGAGAAGAAGAGCGGCGAGAGGGAGGAGAGAUUUUCGGGGCAACGGGGAGGAGGAGAAGAUGUUUUUUUUACGCGAGGAGGACGAAGAGGAAGAAGAAGAAGAAGAGGAAGCGAGUUACGACCGUUCGCGGCGCGCGGCGAUGGGGGGCAAAAAGGAGUUCUUUCUUCGGGCGAGUAUUCUUUUUCGAGCGCGGCGAUUGCGCGAGAAAUAGGAGAGGAAGAUGCGGAGGAGGAGUUGCAAACUUCGGACGUUGAUGAAAGCGAAGAAGACAAUUGCAGCAGCGCAGAAGCGGAAGCCAGGCACUAUAAAAAUAUGCUCAAAGAUAGCGCGAACCGUCCGACGGUAAAGAAUAUGCUUCGCAGGAUAGAUGCGACGGAUCCGUUAGGCGUCGAUAUGACGUUGCGAGGAUGUUCGAGCCGACUCUACGACGGCAUUUUGGGGAAGAAGAAAACGAAGACGAAGACGGGCGGCGCGGGGGGUGCGCUGACGGUGUACGACUUUGCGAGACAGACGCAGGAGAAACAUCCGCAGAAAAUUUUAUUGAUUAGAGUUGGCGAUUUUUACGAGUGUUUCGGGUGGAACGCGGUCUGUUUAGUCGCGCACGCCGGGUUGAAUCCCAUGGGGAACACCGGCGUUCCUCGUGCGGGGUGUCCGAAGAAUAAAGUUCAAGAAACUUUAGAUCGGUUGACGUCGCACGGGCACUCCGUGGUGGUGUGCGAAGAAGUUCCGCAGAUGGUGAAGUAUGGAACAUUGAAAGCGCCGCCGAAGGAUAGAUUCGUGAGCGCAAUUGUCACGCCCGCUUCUCCGAUGUACGUUUGUGGUGCGGGAGAUCGAGGCGAGGAUGUUAAUUUCGCGGACGAGCAAGCGUUGCCCCUCUGCGCGGUGGCUUCUUCGUCGUUAGGGUACACUCUCGUUCGCGUUCUCGUCGAUGAGCGAGUGUGCCGAGUUGAUUACGGUUUAACGGCUGAGGGGUGUGCGGCAAUCUUACGCGCUUCUGGGUGCGCGGGGAAUAAGUUGUAUAAACACAGAUCGUUUGGCGCGAAUCACGCGAGUAAGAGUAACUCCAGAGGCAAUUCGGGUCAAUCGCGACGUUUGCGAUGGGAGGUUGGUGCCAUAGAAUCCGUGGUUUCAGAAGACCACUACGAUGUUACCGAGAUCGCAGAUGAAAACGACUUUUACAACGACGAAGGGAAGAUGAUAAAUAGUGAAGAUGACCGCCGUCGGCGGCGCCGCGGCCAACGCCGUCUCAGAUACGACGGAGACGUCGUUCAAGGAUUUUUAGAUUUAACGCGUCGCGAACACGGAUUAAAACCAAACGAAGACUUUCGAGUCGUCAACAUCUCGAACGACCCGCGUUUGGCAGAAGCCGAGAGAGGUUCCGUGCGACCUUUGUCUCUGAAUACUGCGCAACAACUCGGCGUGCUCCCUAGUCGAGGCGUUCCUCCUUUGUUAGCCGCAAUCGUGAAUGAUAAGGAUGUUCCGGCGAGCUGUCGCUCGUAUUUGCAAGAGCUGUUAUUAUCGCCUCCGCCGCACGACGUUGCCAGGUCAAUUCAGUUGGCAUGCGAAAAAUUCAAAAACACGAACGCAUCCAUGCCGAACUUGGAAACGUUGCCCGUUACAAAAAUUGCAACGCUUCUGAAUUCGCGGGAAGCUAGUCAUGUUUUCUUCGCAGACUUGUUUGCCAUGGCAGAUGCAUGCGAGCGAUUUCUCGAGCACGACGAUGCGGAUUUACGAAUCGCGGCUCGGAGUUUGUUGGAGAAAGCGACCAGCCGUAAACUUGGAACGCGAGCGUAUGAAGAUGAAAAGAAAUUAGCAGAAACAUGCAGAAACGUAAAGCAAAUUAUUGAAAGUAUCAUUUCGUCGGAUGUAUUUGAUGAGUAUCACUUAGGAUAUUCAUCGAAAAGCGCAACGUUGAGUGGUACGAUAACACUGCGCGAUGAUGUCAGUAAUGAUGAUGGUGAUGACGAUGCGACAGAUGAUGAUGACGAGAAUGAUUCCACUUUGGGCGAAGAUGACGAUGAAGUAGACGACCGCAUUGUCCGUUGCGACCCUCCUUCUUCGUCAUUUUUACGCUUUUUCCCGCGACGAUUUGCUUUUGAGAAUGAACGCUGGAGAGGCAGAGUCCGAAGAGACACAGUUGCCGAGGCUAUCGAUAAAGUGGAUGCAGCGGCAACGUCGUUACACGAUGCGAUUGUCGAUGAUUUACUCCCUGUCCUCGAAAAAUCGGACGUGACGCGCAAAGCGCGCGCAAAGCGCUGCGAAAUUGAACAUUGCCAGCGGAAUAAUUCGUUGUGGUUGCGCGGUGUUUCUAAAACUGCCGUUUCAGAUUUUGAAUCUCCUUCAUCUUCUCCUACUACAUCUCUGAUUCAUCCUCGCGACCGCUUUGGACGCGAGUUGAGCGAUCGAUGGACGACUCAAAACGUAGAAGAUAAGCUAGAGAGAUACCGACAAAGCUGUCGGGAAGCGCAAGCGGCUGUUGCUGGACAACUUCGAAUGCUAUCUACUUCGCUUCAACCAUUCGUUGGUGCAUUAAUUGCUUGCUCAACUUUGUCAACAAUUUCUCUCGCAAUAAACGCGCACGUGUCCAAAACGCAAUCUAAAGGAUGGACGAUUCCACGCCUUCUCGAUCCAGAAGAUUGCAAAACUCCGUUUCGAGUGGAAGACUUGGAGCCUUUCUGGAUGGACAGCACCGCCGAUCUGAACGUUAUCUCAAACACGGUAGACAUAGAUGGAAUGAUAACAUUAACGGGUCCAAAUAUGGCGGGAAAAAGUACAAUUCUUCGUAGUUUGACUUCCGUGGCGUUGCUAUCGCAGUGUGGGUUAAUGGUACCGGCGCGAGGAGAGUGUAUCGUUCCAAGAUUCGAUUCAAUCACUUUGAGAAUGGCGUCGUCGGAUUCACCGAGCGAAGGCCUGAGCGGAUUCGCCGUGGAGAUGAUGGAGAUCAAGUGCGUUAUGGAAGAGUCUUCCUCUUCUUCUUUUGUUUGCGUAGAUGAGCUCGGAAGAGGAACAGAAGCGGCGCACGGCACUGCUAUCGCAGCGGCGGUUAUAGAGAAGCUAGAUUAUUUAGGCUGUCGAGGUGUUUUUGCUACACACCUUCACGGUGUCUUGGACUGCGAUACCCGCUUGUCGCCAUUCGCAAAGAACAUGCGCAUGGGAACAACAACAACGCCAGAAGGUAAGAUGAGCCCAACUUGGAAAAUAGAAGAUGGGGAGUGCAGAGAGUCACUGGCCAUACAAACCGCCGCAGACUGUGGGCUCGAGGACGACGUUUUGAGACGUGCGCAGACGUUUUUACGGCAGAAUAUUACCACUGCAAAAAAUAGUAUCAGUGUUAGGAAAGGAGACAUGUCAUCCUCCCCUCCUGUUGUAUCCUCCUCAAAAGUUGAGAAAAACAGAAACAGCGGUAUUUCCGACCUAGCCUCCGGACUUUUAACCGCUCGGAGUUUCAUUCUCGCCGAAGAAGGAGAAAAAGACGAAGAAGAUGCUGCCGGCGUGUUCGUAGUGUUACGAAAUGAACACCCACCAGCCAAAGUAGCGCACGGCUGUUCCGUCGUCUAUGUCAUCCGCGACGCCAACGGUUGGACCUACGUCGGCGAAACCGAAAGUAUCGCCAACCGUUUGAAUUCACACCGCCACAAAUAUGGCUCCGACAUCGACUGCGCGUUCGUCACCGUCGCGCAAGGUAAAUCAACCGCCAGAGCAAUCGAAACGGCCACCAUUCGCGAGUUCAGGAGGAAAGGCGUGCCCUUGAAGAGCGAUUUCGACGCAUCGCACGAGAAUUUCGGCGGCCUAAGCAGUCGGAACAGUAGCAUCAGCAGCAGUAGCAACACAACUCGAUGA